AAAUCCAGUUAUUAAGUAGUUAACGUAGUUAAAGGCUGGUUGUGUAGAUGACAUAACAUGUCUUUCACCUUUAUAUUAUUAACUACUUUAUUUUGUUGUUUCCAGAUCUCUGCAACUGAUUGGGGACUCCAGGCCAGAAUGGUUGACACAGUCGAUGAUCAAAUCUACAGUAAUCCGCCUUUAUCUGCCUUCGUUAGACAUUUUCCGUCCUCUGAUUCACUGGAUAGUAGCCCUCCGGUUUACAGCAGUCCUCCUGUAGUUGGAGAAAAUACUCUUUUUAAAUCCAGAAACAAUGGAUUAACUGCUCCUGUUAAUCCAGGAACUAGAUCUCUGUACUCUGUAGUACCUCUAGUAGAUACCGGAGAUACUGUUGACCCUGAAUCGUCCUCGCCGAAGCAGAACUUCUACCUGCCUCCUCCAUACUAUCUGGGAGCUAAACAAGGACAAGUUCCACUUUAUUCAGUUGUUCCCAUACCAGCAGCUAUUGAUUCAGCCUCUAAUGUUGUUAAUAUUCCGAAAUCAACAACUGAUCCCAAUAUCUACUCUAAACCUCCAUCUUCUCUGUAUGCUGUUGUUCCUAUCAGCAGUGUAAAGGAUGACACGGUCUACAGUAAUCCACCGGUAGAGGAGCCAUCUUAUCCAGUUAACACUCCACAGUACAUAGGUUCAAAACCUGGACAGCAAGUGCUGUAUGCUGUGGUUCCUAUUCCUCAAGCAAGGGGAGCCUCUGGCCUUGAUCGUUACAGUAGUCCUCCCUCAGCACGACUAGCUGGUGGUAACUUCGGAGCUGAACUAUACAGUAGUCCUCCCUCAGCACGACUAGCUGGUGGUAACUUGGGAGCUGAACUAUACAGUAGUCCUCCCUCAGCACGACUAGCUGGUGGUAACUCGGGAGCUGAACUAUACAGUAGUCAUCCCUCAGCGCGACUAGCUGGUGGUAACUCAGGAGCUGAACUAUAUAGUAGUCCUCCCUCUGCGCGACUAGCUGGUGGUAACUCUGCUCGUGUUCUUCAGCGGAACUCAGCUGUUUCCCAGGGUAGUCCACAAGAGACAAUCUACAGUCAACCACCAUUUUGAUUUUACCUGUCUUAGAAAGUUAUUCAUGAGAAAGCAUGCAUCAAGUCCCCAUGUUUUAUGUGAAACGAAAUUUAUUUUUAAGAAUUAAGGCUGUGAUUUUAUUUCAAGACUAUUAGUUUUAUGAAUUUAUAAAUACAUUUUAUUGUGAAAUUUA